UCAAAAUCAAAAUUCGUUUAUCAAAAUUGAAGUAAAUUCAAUUUUAGUCAAAGCAAAUAAAUCGAAAGUGUUAAGACUUCAAAACAUUCCUUAGUGAAAAUUUACAACAAAAGCACUGCAAAACAAAUUGAAUAAUUGCGAACACUUGCAAUCACAAAAAAAUUAAAAGAAAGCAUUUAAUUGAGUUACUAUCGAAUUGCCAUCUGCAAAAUGACGAAAGCUACAGCAAACGAAAUCAAAAGCAAAAACGUUCAAAAAGCGUACGAAAUGCGCACAAAACAGAGAAGUGAGUUGAAAAAUUACUGGACACCCUCCCGGUGUGCCAAGAUUUCAAUAGAUCUAUGUGCAGUCGGUUAAAUUGUAGAUUCGUUCAUUUAACUGAAGAUGACAAGGUUGAAGUAUGUGAUCAACGUGUGGCUGUGUGUCGCGAUCAUGCUAACGGCCAAUGCAGACGUAAGCAAUGUAAAUAUUAUCAUAUACCGAUCGUUUUGCCGCCGGCGAAUGUUAUGGCUGCCAUCAUUAAUACGAAUAACAAUAACAGCAUGCAUAGCAACAGCAGCAGCAGCAUUAGCAGCAAUGCAAGCAGCCAUGGCAGCAGUAACAACAACAACAACCACAACCAGAACAAUCAAUUGCAUACAAUCUCACAGCAGCAGCAACAGCAACAACAAAAGCAAGCACAUGAACAGUAUCAGCAGCAUGCCAAGUCAGCAGCAGCAGCAGCGACAGCGACAGCAACGACUGGCAUUGCCACCAACUACAAUAAUAAUUUGAUAAUAAUCGAACCGCAGCAACAUCAUCUUCACCAGCAACAACAACAACAACAACAACACUACAAUUAUCUACACAACAACAAUUACACGACCACACACUACAGCCCGAGUAAUAGCAGCAGCAGCAGCAGCUCCGCAAACAACAAUAAUAACAGGCACGUCACGCAUACGAUCUACCAACAACAACCAGCCACUUUCCAUCUACCACACUUCACCUGCCAUUCGCCCUACUCACCAUCCUCAGCAUCGUCAUCGUCAUCCUGCUCCGUUGCCACCUCUCCGACAGCGUUCACCUCGGCGACCGCAACACUGCCGACGACCUCCACGGUGACCGUGCCCACUGCUAUUGCCACCAUGCCAGCAGCACAGCCACCACCACCACAUGCUACUGCCUAUCUGAAGGCGGCGCCGUCGCAUCUCACCGCCUACGCCAGCAGCGGCGCUUAUGAAUUGACCACAGGCGCGCCCACAUUGUUGCUCAGUAGCGAUUACAAUUCAAAUUGCAUUCCAAUUUUGGCAGCACAUCAACAGCAACAACAACAACCACAAUCACCGUUGGCCACAGCAGCAUCGUAUAUUUAUCCAGCGCAUCAUCCACAGCAUAGCGCCGCCGCUGCGCAACAACAUUUAAUGAAAUACGCCGCAGCCGCCGCGGCACAGGCGGUACAACAUCAAUUUCACUAUGCCGCCGCCCCCCAAAUACUCACCGCGGCGACGCCGCAACAUAUGCUAGCGACAGCGGUGACAUCGGCAACUACCGCGCCACAUACGCAUGUGUUGAGUGGCGUGGCAACAACUACCACGCCGCUCGUGGUAGCCCCAACAACGGCGACUGGCGCGGCGGUAAGCGCACCGGUGGUGGGCGGUUGCAUAUGAAAUGCACAAUCUGACAGCAGCAGCAACUAUGUGUACCAUCAGCGGCAACAGCAACAACCAGCAAUACAAUAUCAAUGGCACCAUCAACACCAGCAAUACAUUUACAUGGGCAAUAAUGGCGGCGUUUGAGCGUGCGCGACACUUUGCACUCAAUGCGCUGCACCUGUCUCGACGCGCGCGCGGCACUACAUAAGCAAGCGCGCGGCGUAAGUUGUCAACAACAUUUCCAAUUCACACUCGAAUAUUUUUAGGAAUAAGCACCACAUAUUCGCAUACCUAGUUAUAAUAUGUUUAUGCAUGUCUGACAGACAGCUGAAAUUGGUUGUCAGCCGCGCCGCUAUGCAGGUGUUAGUGAGCGGCUGUGUUUUUGUUAAUUCAAUUUUGCUUUAUUUCUAAUUAGUUUUUACGCACUCAGUUUGUUAUAUAUUUAAUGGUUACUGUUUUAUUUUGUUAUUUAAAAAAAGUUAAAAAUAUUCUCAUUGUAACUUGUUUGUAUAGACUUAUAAGUAUCAAUUAGCAAUUAACGAUUACCGAUUGUCUAUUACCCAUCACCAAGUAAUUUAUGUAGUAUAUACUCGUAUGUAUAUAAUCUAGUAUAUAAUUUUGUGUGUUGCAAGUAAAAACAAAACGGAUCAUACACGAAGUACUCAUUACCAGCAAUAGUUUCCUGUUAUUUUUUUACAAUGUUGUUAGUUUUAAUUAUUCAUAUAGUAUAUUAGAUUUAGUGAUCACUGGCGAGUUAACGCUUUAUUGUUUCAAACCGUACAAAAGUGGCAUAAAAAUCGAACUAGUCAGUUUAGAGUCAUUUGGCUCCAUAUAACUGUAAUUGUACGGUUUAAUUUUUCACUCAAAGAAUGUUGAUAUUAAAGAACUUAAAGUUCCAGUGCUUUCCAAAGA